AUGGAGUCUGAAGUUGCAUCCGGACGGGGGAUUGACUACAACGACGUCCUCAUCCAGAUGUCGACGAAUCUUACCAACGCCUUGAACACAUACGGGCCAUCAUCUGCUCAAUAUCAAACAGUGCUAGAAAUGCUCAAGGACUAUAUGCGCGAAAUUGACAGGGUCGGAAGACCGGAAACCCAAGAUCUAGACCCCAAUGUGCUCAGCAUUGCCAUGGGAUUCCUGGGUAUUGGGAAAUAA